AUGAAUAGCAACUUGGGAAGUCUCCCCCGGCGGCUCUUCAAGAACCUGGUGAACCUGGAGACUCUUGACCUGCGAGACAACGAAUUCAAGUACCUUCCAGCCAUCGCGUUCGUCAACCAGCGAAACACAACGGUCAUAGAUCUGACUUCAAACCCGCUCUCGUGCUACCAUACCUCCUGGUAUCCCUCCUUGCAAUACAAUGCCGGUCUGCAACCUUGUCAAAGCCAGGCAGUGGAUCAAGCUUUCACCGUGUACUUGUCGCUCCAAGACUUCAACGCCGUCGAGGAGAAGUUUCUUCAAGCCGUCGCUGACGCUGCCAUGGUAGUCAGGACGAGCGUCAGGCUCGUGAAAGUGUUGGGAAAGUCGUCAGGGACAGGACGGCGUCUGCUCGGCAGCGGGCUGAGCGUGACAACGGAGGUCACCUACGACAGCGCUUACAGCGCAUCGCCCCUCACCAUGGAGAAGCUCACGGAAGACGUGGCAGCCAACGGCCUCUCCUCCUUGCUCACAGCUCCCCCAGCGCCUCCUAGCCCGCCUCCUAGCCCGAAACCGUCGACUCAAGGGAGCCCUGCAGCAUCGCUGGCGGCAUCCGCAUAUACCAGCAGGGGUCCAGCUGCUGUCCUGCUGGUGCUCGUCUGCCUGUUGUCAAGUCUCACGCAAAGCUUGGCAGCCUCUUGA